UGCCUGUCAGGAAGAAAGAGAUGCUAUGCUGAGGCCGAAAACUCAGACAGAACCAGGACACGGACGAUGUUGGAAUAUCUUAACUGGGGGAUUUUAAAGUGUGUUGGGAACUCGGAGCGAUUUGAAAGUAGCCGAGCUUGAGCGGAGCAGCGACACCGGGUCUCCGUGUUCCCGCUGCGGUCCGUCGCGGCUGUUCGCCUCUUGCCUGCUGCUCUCACAAACGCGAAGCCGGCGCUGUUUUAAUGAGACUGGAACUGCCGUGUUUUCGACGCAGCACAGACCGGUGUGAGAUUAAGUCUUUAUUUAGCCCGAAGCAAACGGAAAGGCUCAGAUGUCGUUGCUGGUAGCCGGGGCUAACAGCCGAGGCUGCUGGGCCACAUAAAUAUCCCGAGAAAAUCCCAACCUGAUGGAGCGAGUGAGCGACGGAGCACGGGCUUAUUUUGCGCCAGAAGGACCGUUAUGACUGAGCUGCAGGCUCAGUUCUCUUUUUGAAAAGCGCCACGGGGUUCAGUGCUGGGUAUUGAUUUGAUCGAGGGCUCAUAAAAGCAGCAUUUGGAGGUUCUCUGCAUCAGUGCUAUGACUCAGCCUGGACAGCAGCUCCUACCCACAUAGAGGUCACUUUACCUCUCUUUCUAUCUGCUUUGGUCCAGAGGAUGCUGGGAAUGUGUCGCGGGCGCCGGAAGUUCCUGGUGGCCUCCCUCGCCCUGCUCUUCAUCCCAGCACUUACGUGGCUUUACCUGUCAGUCGGGAGCUUUCAAGUGAAGCCCCUCCCUCUUUCUCCAUUGGAAGCCCUGUCAUCCACCCCGGUGGGCGGAGCCGGUGAACGACAGGCCUUAGAGUUGCGGGUUCGGGUGGUGGAGGAAGAGAACCGGGCGCUGCGCCGAGAACUUAGCCGUCCACCUAGGAGCCCAUCUGCACAGCUUCCGAGCAAUAAUCACCGUGGCAACCAAAGCCGAACACAUUCAGAGGAAGGCACAGGUGACAAUGAGAGCCAGAAAGCUGUUACAGUGGGUAAUAGCUCAGACUGUGUCCGACACCCAGUGGUGGAUAAGUGCGAGACCAUCCAUGUGGCCAUUGUAUGUGCAGGUUACAACGCAAGUCGAGAUGUGGUGACACUGGUUAAAUCUGUCCUCUUCCACAGGCGGAAUCCCCUUCAUUUCCAUUUCAUCACAGACUCCAUUGCUCAGCAGAUCCUGUCCUCCUUGUUUCAUACAUGGAUGGUUCCUGCCGUCAGGGUGGACUUCUAUGACGCAGAUGAGCUGAAGUCCGAAGUCUCAUGGAUUCCUAACAAACAUUACUCUGGGAUUUAUGGGCUAAUGAAACUGGUACUGACAAAGACCCUGCCAUCAGAUCUACAGAGAGUCAUCGUUCUAGACACAGACAUCACCUUUGCCACUGACAUUGCUGAACUCUGGGCCGUCUUCCACAAGUUCAAAGGCCAGCAAGUUCUAGGUCUGGUAGAGAACCAGAGUGACUGGUAUCUGGGGAACCUGUGGAAGAACCAUCGACCCUGGCCAGCACUGGGCAGAGGCUUUAACACUGGUGACUUUACACUGUAUCUCAAAAGAUAUAGAAGACACAUCUCUUUCAGCAGAUUAAAGAAUGGACAACCUAAAUAUGUGGUUUUUUUGUGUGGGGAUAUCAUAUCUUAUAUGAUUUUGUGUCUGCAGGAUAUCUUUAACGCAGUGAUCAAACAAAACCCGUUCCUGGUUCAUCAGCUGCCUUGCUUCUGGAACGUCCAGCUGUCUGACCACACCCGUUCCGAAAAGUGCUACAAAGAUGUGUCCGACCUAAAGGUGAUCCACUGGAACUCUCCAAAGAAGUUGCGAGUAAAGAACAAGCAUGUGGAAUUCUUCCGGAAUCUCUAUCUUACCUUUCUGGAGUACGAUGGCAACCUUCUGCGACGAGAGCUGUUCGGGUGUCCCAGUGAGGCUGACCACAACAGUGAGAAUCUCCAGAAGACACUGUCAGAGCUGGACGAAGAUGAUCCGUGCUACGAGUUUCGUCGAGAGCGAUUCACUGUCCAUCGAACACACCUCUACUUCCUGCACUAUGAGUAUAAACCCAGCUCUGACAACACAGAUGUCACUCUCGUCGCCCAGCUCUCUAUGGACAGGCUCCAGAUGUUGGAGGCCAUCUGUAAGCACUGGGAAGGCCCCAUCAGCCUCGCCCUGUACUUGUCAGAUGCUGAAGCCCAGCAGUUCCUUCGCUAUGCUCAGGGCUCUGAGGUGCUGAUGAGUCGUGGGAAUGUCGGUUACCACAUUGUCUACAAGGAGGGUCAGUUCUACCCAGUCAACUUGCUACGAAAUGUGGCCAUGCGACACGUCAACACACCUUACAUGUUCCUAUCAGACAUUGACUUCUUGCCUAUGUACAGCCUCUAUGAGUAUCUCAGGAAGUCUGUGGUGCAGCUGGACAUGGCCAACACCAAGAAAGCUCUAGUGGUUCCCGCCUUUGAGACACUUCGGUAUCGACUGUCAUACCCGAAAUCUAAAGCCGAGCUGCUGUCUCAGCUGGACAUGGGCACACUCUUCACCUUCAGAUAUCAUGUGUGGACUAAAGGCCAUGCACCAACUAACUUUGCCAAAUGGCGGACAGCCACCACUCCCUACAGAGUGCAGUGGGAGGCUGACUUUGAGCCCUAUGUUAUGGUGAGGAGGGACAGUCCUGAGUAUGACCGCCGCUUUGUGGGCUUUGGCUGGAACAAGGUGGCUCACAUUAUGGAGCUGGAUGCACAGGAGUAUGAAUUUGUGGUUCUGCCCAAUGCUUUCAUGAUCCAUAUGCCUCAUGCACCCAGCUUUGACAUCACCAAGUUCCGCUCCAAUAAGCAGUACCGGGUCUGCCUGAAGACCCUGAAGGAGGAGUUCCAACAGAACAUGUCGCGGCGGUACGGUUUUGCCGCCCUUAAGUACAUGACGGCUGAAAACAACAGCUAGCCACCACUGCGGACCCUCAUAGCCCCAACUCUGAACUACUGACAUGCUCCACAGGCUGCACGAGGGGAGCAUAGUGUGAACGGAAGCCUGUGUGGGUCCUGGGGAUACUUUGAGACUUAAGUCCCUCAGAACAUUGGACACUGAGUGUGACACUGCAGGGGCUCUUUUGUUCCGACUUUGUCAUCAGUUGUGGAUAAAGGAGAAAAUGUGUGAAGUGUUUCCUUCUCCCAGGAUGUUAAAGCUAUGAAUGAUCGCACAAGGGACUGCUGGGGCUGGGCCCCAGGUGUGUGGGCCUCAAGCUUCAGUUAUGGAAUAUGAUAGACAGCAAACAAAAAUAUUGCCUUGCCAUAUUUCUAAGACCAAUGACAGUGUUAUGGCUAUGUGUAACAUUAUGUGUGUGUGGGUGUGUGUUUGUAUGUGUAUGUGAAGGUAGAUACAAGUGUGGGUGUGUGUUUGUGUGUGUGGGUGUGUGUUCUGCCAGGACAGUGCUUAGCAGGGUGUAGAGCACUGUGGACUAAGCUUUCCAAAACUAUGAAGUAACAGGAAGCUGCAGUAUGACUGACAGCACAGCCCCGGCUCCAAUGCAACCGAUCUGCAGGCAGCAGGACAAAGAGGUCAACAUGUUGACAGAGAGUUAAAAAAGUUUAUUGUGACGAGUGAGACACACUCAGAUACAGAGGGUAGCAGCCAUCUGACCAUCUGCUGCUGCUGAAUUUGUUUCAUGGCUGAUACAGAUCAGAAUAAAUCUUCCUACUCGUAUGACAAAUAAGCUAAAAGUGUAAUAAUGUCUGGAGGCCAUCUGCUUGGUUAAUUUUCAGGGGAUCUCCACAUCAGCCCUGUAGUGUGUCUUCUGUUUUGGUACGACUACAGAAUGUGACAGCAGAUGGAAGCAUUGUCGCUUAGUUAACUGCCUCCCAUAACAGAGUGCAGCAACAAGGCCCAACAGUCAGCAUUAUCUAUGAGCGGGUUAAAUGGUUGAUGGGAGGAUGGGAAAUCUGUAAAAAUCUACCAGUUCCAGUAAGGUGAGUCCCAAACACUUUCUGCCUCACACUCGUUCUUUCUCCCUUUGGCCUCUAGUUUGACAGCAGUUCAAUUCAGGGUUUUUUUAUAUAGCGCAAAAUCACAAUAAUAAUAAUCACCUCAAGGUGCUUUAAUGUAAGGUAAAGACCCUACAAUGAUACUAUAGCAGCCAAAUGAGCCAAUAACACAGUGCCAGUGUGCGCUCUCUUGUUUGUGAGGUGUCACACCAUCAGUUGGUGUAUCGUCAACUUAUUAUUGGUCUGGUAUGAAUGUUGUGCCGCUAAUUUCAUGUUAUCUGGGGAGGCUGUGGACAUACUGGCAGCCAUAGAGUCCUGAUAAAAGACACUGCUGGGCAUUAAUGUCCUGCAUGAUAUUAUAAAGAAAAACUAAAGUUAGAUACGGGUCUAAAGACAUUGGGAACACAAAUCACUGCAGGAAUAAUUUUGUAAUCAAUACAGUGAAAGUGAAACUGAACGUUUUGACAUGGAUAUUAUGGAAUACUUGAAAAAAAUAUUGAUAAUAUGAUGAUACUGGUCUUGGUCAAAUAGUGCAAAAAAUAUUCUCCUAUGUCUUCUCCAAUUCACAUGACCUUAGUGGAAAACAUGAGGUCAGGUGAGGAAAGAAGUAGUGAAGCAGAACCCCGGUAUUUAACCCAGAUUUGGGUUGCCAGAUUUGCCCCAGGAGUCACAGUGUGAAACGGCUGCGUAAAGGUCCGAUCGCUCCUCCUGUGCACUGCACACAUUGCUGUAGUCAAAUUAUUUAAUCUUGGCAAUACAGCAAUACCUAAUAUAGUGUAUCGUCCUGGGGUAGCUGUAGCUCAGGAGGAAUAGCAGGUCAUCUACUGAUCGCAAGGUUAAUGGUUCGAUCCCUGGCUCCAAGUUGCCUGGUCUCUCAAGCAUCCAUCAGUGUGUGAGUGUUAGCUAGGAAGCACUGAAAGGAAAGUGCUUCUGUGAAUGUGGCGUGUUGUAUAAAGUGCUCCAGGAGAGUAGAAAAGUGCUAUAUAAGAAUCAGUCCAUUUACCUUUUUUAUUCAUUUUUAUUGAGUCUGCUUUACAAAGCGUUUCACACGGGAAUGAACUUCAUGCAAAGGUCAUUUUAAGAAGAGUUCAUUUAUGGAUAUAACAAAUAGUUCAAAAUAUAUAUAUCUUUGACUAGGAUGUAGAUGAUCUGUGUUGCUUGUCAGUCCACUUAUAGGACACCAUCACUGCUUUCCUAUCAUAGGAAAUAAAGGCAGCGUUGAACCACGUUUCCUGAAUUCACCCCAAUAUAAUUAUGGCUCACAUUCUUCUGUGCAGCUUCACUUAGCUAGGAAAAGAAAAUCUGAUUAUCUGAGCACAGCUGCUGCCCUUGUGUUUCCUGCUGCCUGCUGUAGUCAUGAGUGUGGUGGUAAAGCAACCUGUUACCUAAGCAACCAAAAUUUAAUAAAACUAACACAUGCAUUUUAAUCCACGUCAGUCCUUCUUCCUGCAGGUUAGGCGUGUGAAACUUGUUAACUGAAGGUGCAGUCAGCUGCAGUUAUGGAUUCACUCUUCCACUUUGAGCAGCUGGAGGCACAGCGGCCUCUGUCAGGUCCCAGCCAGGAUCAGAGUGAACGCGUCAUUAGGCAGCAACUUGUCACUCAGUCCUAGUCUCCAAAAAACUCCCUGGACUCACACAAACUUGAUGCUGAUGUGAAACUAGAGGCCUCUCUCACACACAUCACAGUGAUCUCUCACCCUGUACAGGAAGCUGCACAAGGUCUUGGUGCAGGUUCGUGUGUAUGAGUGUGAAGAAGCUAUCUAAGAGACUGUUGUAUGAUAUUCGGUCUUCAGCUGUGUGAAGUGUAAACUGUUAGCCUUGCAGGGCUGAGCGGGGCUGCAGUGUGUAAGUAGGACAGUGUUGAUUGAUGCUGCUACCUGAAUAAAAGCAAAGAGUCAAA